CGUGAUUAAGCUUGUUUAACCAUAUUUUAAACUGACCAGGCCUGUUCUUUUGAAGAAAAAGUAACCGGCCAAACCAAACAUAUAAAUUAAGAUGGCGAUUGAUACUUGAUAGAUACCUUUAAUUAAAAUUUCAUAACUUUGAAAAGAUACAACAACAAAAUAAAUAUAUAUUCUCAAUCCAGAAAUGAAAAGUGACUUAUUGAAACACUUUUUAUAUCUUAAAGAAAUUAUUUGACUUUAAAUAGCUAGAUAAUAUAUGUCCAUGCCGAUUUUAAGAAUCCUUAAUUAAGAGUAUUGCUUAGGCAAAAACUUUAUAUAACUAUUUUACGUUUAGCGCCAUGUUUCAAACGCGAUAUCUGUCAUAGCUCAUUUGUUAGGUUCUCUAAUCUUUUGACGACCAGAAGGAUUAAGAACCUAGUUUUCUUGUGGUAAAAUUGUUAGUCUCAUGCACACUCGAACUCAAAACAAGAAUUCAGUUUCACACUAUACUCACAAAUACGAUAGACAUCUGCUUACCAUUGUAAAUAUUUUUUUAUAUCAUUACCGAAUGAUCUAUAUGAUCAAAUCCAUAAAUUUGAAUUUUGAUUAUUUUAGUAUUAUAUAUAAAAGCAUAGGAAGGGAAAUUAUUACAUAAUAAAAUAUAAAUUAUAUCUGACAUAACUAAUAACUGAUAUAUUGCUUUUUAAAUAAACAUAAAAUUUAAUUUAAUAAAAAUAUUUUUUUUUAAUAUUUUUUAUUUUUAAAAAUUAUUAUUUCUACCCAUGGCGUAAAAAACCCAUCUUAUAUACGUAUGAGAUUGGUUUCUAUUUUAAAAAAAUACAGGUAAAAGAUAUAAAUGUAUGAUUAAUAAAAGAAUCUCUUACAAGUGGGGGAAAGUAUAUAUACAGCAAGUGUUGCAAAUGGCAGUAGUAAAACAUAUAACAUUCAAAUACACACAGAUUAGGUUAUGCAUAAAUGAAUACACCAAGAAGAAAUUAAGAGAAGAGAGGAGGCGGGAGCCAUAACAAAAAGUCAGCAGUAAAGACUAAAGACCACGGCUAAAUCAACAUGCUAAUCUGUCUUUGUGAAAACAAAAAGCGCAGCAAACCCAUAAAAAAGUUGUCCAUUCGAUGCUUAGCAUUUAUUAAUGUUAUAUUUUUUUAUUGUUAUUUUUUUUUAAAAAUAACAAUAAUUCAGAAGAAAAAAAAAGAAUUUUCUUUCUAAUUAAGCCCUCGACGUUACCAUCUCCUUUUUCUCCUCAUACCACAACCAUAUACAAAAUGUGUUCGUUAGACACAUAUGAUUUCUUUUAAAAAGUUGUGUAUGAGAAAUUGAUUAAAAGAAUAGUUUAUGCAAGGAGAAAAGAAAGAAGAAACAAUAAGGUCACAUGAACUAAACUAGAUUAUUCAAGGGGUCCCUCUAAAUUGGUUUUCUCUUGCCCAUAUCUCCAUCAUUCACAUCAUGUAACACCAUAACAUUCAAAAUUUCUCUCCAUUUCUCUCAUUCUUCUUCUAAAAAUCUUAACAAUACUUUUUUUUUGUUUUCUUUCCUCUGAAUUUCUAAGAGCUAUAUAGCUAUUGCAUAAAAACAGUGAGACAUAGAUAAGAGAAAGAGAGAUCGUGGUGAUGAUCAGUUAGGCAAAACCCAACUUUAUAUUUAUGUAUAAUUAGGUCAAUCACAUCACUAGUUUAACCCUUUUUUCUCCUCCAAUCCUCCUCCACUCCUUCAAAAAUUAGGGUUUGUUGCUUCUCAGCUCAUUUCUCAAUUCCAAAGUCACCCCCAUCCGCUUUUUGUUGAAAUCAUCAAAUUCAAGUCAGAAACCAAAUCUUGACCAUACCAUUAAUCAAAAAAUGAUGAUGACAAACUUGUCUCUUUCAAGAGAAGGAGAAGAGGAGGAAGAAGAAGAACAAGAAGAGGCCAAGAAGCCCAUGGAAGAAGUAGAGAGAGAGCACAUGUUCGACAAAGUGGUGACUCCAAGCGAUGUUGGUAAACUAAACCGGCUCGUGAUCCCAAAGCAAUACGCAGAGAGAUACUUCCCUUUAGAUUCAUCCACAAACGAGAAAGGUUUGCUUCUAAACUUCGAAGAUCUCGCAGGAAAGUCAUGGAGGUUCCGUUACUCUUACUGGAACAGUAGUCAGAGCUAUGUCAUGACUAAAGGUUGGAGCCGUUUCGUUAAAGACAAAAAGCUAGACGCCGGAGAUAUUGUCUCUUUCCAGAGAUGUGUCGGAGAUUCAGGAAGAGACAGCCGCUUGUUUAUUGAUUGGAGGAGAAGACCUAAAGUUCCUGACCAUCCGACAUCGAUUGCUCACUUUGCUGCCGGAUCUAUGUUUCCUAGGUUUUACAGUUUUCCGACAGCAACUAGUUACAAUCUUUACAACUAUCAGCAGCCACGUCAUCAUCAUCACAGUGGUUAUAAUUAUCCUCAAAUUCCGAGAGAAUUUGGAUACGGGUACUUGGUGGAUCAAAGAGCCGUGGUGGCUGAUCCGUUGGUGAUUGAAUCUGUGCCGGUGAUGAUGCACGGAGGAGCUCAAGUUAGUCAGGCGGUUGUUGGAACGGCCGGGAAGAGGCUGAGGCUUUUUGGAGUCGAUAUGGAGGAAGAAUCUUCAUCUUCCGGUGGGAGUUUGCCACGUGGUGACGCUUCUCCGUCUUCCUCUUUGUUUCAGCUGAGACUUGGAAGCAGCAGUGAAGAUGAUCACUUCUCUAAGAAAGGAAAGUCCUCAUUGCCUUUUGAUUUGGAUCAAUAAUGAUGAUGAGAUUAGUUGGUAUUUAAAUUUAAACAUAAAUUCUAUAAAUAUAUAUAUGACAACAUAUAUAAUGCAUUGAUUCCAUUAUACAUUUUUACCGAGAAAUGAUAUGUUUGUCCAUAGAUAA